UUACGAUUCUGUGUUCCAGGGAAAGACCUCGGAAUACUGGAGUGAUAUCCUGUACUGUAUGUCUGGAAGAAUUUCAGACCCCUAUCACUUAUCUUUCGGAACCAGUGGAUGUUUACAGUGAUUGGAUAGAUGCUUGUGAGGCAGCCAAUCAAUAACAACGUAAAAGGAACUUGUUGGAAGUUAAUGUUUCUUUAUUCAAGGGUGGGGGUAUUUGUUUCACAAUGCAAGGGAGAGACAGCUGGAGUGACUAUGAAAUGGUGGUUUGUGCUCUUUUCUUCUAUUCAGUAACCUAUCUUUUUAUAUGAAUAUUGUGGAGGAUAAAGACUAAAGACUGCCAGAAAAAGACUUGCAAGUGUGGGAAAGAUCAACUCUUAUUCAGGUUGAUGCUGGGAAUUUUUUCUCUCAAGAUUGAAAUACGAGGUUCAGUGCAUCAGAUGCUGCUGUUCCAUUUUCGUUAAUUUAUUUCGGUCUUAUAGAGAAGGGCCUCCACACAAGCCUCUCUUCCAUACUGUGAUGGUUCUUGGGAUUGUAUUCCGUGUUAAAUAGCGAAGUAUAGUCAGCAAGAAUAUAUGGAAUGUAAGAAAAAAUAGCCCCAUCUUGGUCCCAUGAUACAAGCUUUAUAUUUAUCUGUUGGAACAAUGAUCAUGAAGUCAACCUUUUUCUCAACAACUUGUCUCCAGUUAGAAUGACGGUGCUUUGCCUGUGUUUCAGAAAAAGCUGUUUGCAGGGCUCUUGUGUGGCAUUGGGCAUGGGAUUUUGAGAACUGUGUUAUGUAAUAAAGUAUAAUUCAGAGAAGUAAA